AUGUCAUCCAAGAUCUGCCACGUUGUUAUGUUCAGCCUCAACCCUGCCAAGUUGAAGGCGGUGUUACCAUCAGAUGAUGAUAUUGAGCGCCAUCUUCAGAAUAUUCGUAAACUCGUUCCUGGCGUGUUGGAUGUGCAGAUGGGACCAGCGGGUACGGCACUGUAUGAGGGCUAUGUGAACUGCAAUGGGGACUACACACAUUGUCUGGUCUCCAGGCACGUGGAUGUGGAGGCCCUGCGGGUGUACGCAACACAUCCCACGCAUUUGGAGUUGGCACAGAAGUUGGCUUCCGCAUUUGAGAAACCACCGGUGCGUAUUGACUUUGCGUUGAAGGAAUAA